AUGGGCUCUAUCGGUGAUCACUAUGAGCCAAAGGCUCGAAAAGCAGCUAGUAUGGGACGGCAUGUUCCUUACGAGAUCAUCGAUGAGCCAAGCCGCUCUCGACGCAAGAUCCGAAUUAUUGUGAUCGGAGCAGGCGCAAGUGCGUUAAAUUUCGCGCACGAUAUUGACCAGAGUACGUUGGACAUCGAGUUAGUGCUCUAUGAGAAGAACCCCGAGGUUGGUGGUACUUGGUUUGAGAAUCGUUACCCCGGAUGUGGAUGUGACAUUCCCUCUGUCAAUUAUCAAUUCUCAUGGGCGCCUUCUCCCGACUGGACCUCAUUUUACUCAAGCGCGCCUGAGAUAUUGGAGUAUUUCAAAGGCAUCGCGGACAACUAUGGGCUACGCAAAUAUAUUCGCCUCGACCACAGAGUCGUGGGCGCAUCGUGGGACGAAGAUAGCGAACAGUGGCAGGUGAAGAUUCAAAGGGGAGAUAAUCCAGCGAAUGUGUUUGAAGAUCGAUGCCACAUCCUAGUCAACGCAUCCGGGGUCUUGAACAAGUGGAAAUGGCCUGCUAUUCAAGGCCGAGAAACCUUUCAAGGGCCCAUGCUUCAUAGUGCGCAUUGGGAUGAUCAAGUGGAAUUGAAAGGGAAACGCGUGGCUGUGAUUGGUUCAGGGUCCUCAGCGGUACAAAUCGUUCCGACUAUUCAACCAAAUACUGCGAACCAGAAGGCUAUAUUUCGGCACAACCCUCAGAAAUAUCUAGCUUAUCGUAAGAAGAUUGAAUCCGAGCUCAACUCUCGUUUCCGAUUCAUCCUUAACGGCUCGGAAGAGCAGGCAAACGCAAGAGCGUAUGCGGAGAGAGACAUGCGAUCCAAGCUCGCCCGUCGCCCUGAGAUUGCUGACCAUAUAGUGCCAAAAGAUUUUGCAGUGGGUUGCCGUAGACCUACACCUGGAAACGGAUACCUUGAGGCACUCUGCAGUCAGAACACUGAAGUGGUUUCAGAGUCGAUUUCAGAAAUUACCCCCAAGGGUAUUCGGACAGCAGACGGUGUUGAGCAUGAAGUUGAUGUGAUCGUGUGUGCCACUGGAUUUGAUGUUAGUUGGCGGCCAUCAUAUCCGACCAUCGGUAGGGAAGCCCGCAGUCUGAGUGAACAGUGGAAAGACAUUCCGAGGACCUACCUUUCCAUUACUGUUCCGAACUUCCCUAACUACCUCAUCUUUAACGGUCCCUUCGGCCCAUAUGGUCACGGGAGCUUCCUCCCUAUCACAGAAACCUUGUCCCGCCAUUUCCUCCAAAUUCUGGAGAAAAUGUCAUCGGAGGGUGUCACUUCCUUUGAGCCCAAAGAGGAAGCAGUCGCGGAUUUCUUCGAGCAUCAUAGAAAGUUCAUGCCACGUACUGCAUGGACAUCUCCAUGUCGUUCUUGGUUCAAACAGGGCACUGUCGAUGGUGAGGUGAUGAUGUGGCCUGGCUCCAGAAUUCACUUCUUUGAAACCAUGAAACAGCCCCGAUGGGAAGACUAUCAUCUACGAUACACCACAACAAACCGAUUUGGAUACCUUGGAAACGGGUUUGCCGCCCGCGAGUUUGAUGGAAGCGAUAUGUCUUGGUACCUUGGUGCUUUGGAAGGUAAUGAACAGGCAUAUCUCCCCGAUGAGGAUUUUGAAGAUUUCAUGGUCAAAUAA